AUGUUUCUACCCAAGCUCAGCCGCGAAGGUCAAAAGAUCCUGCGAGACCGCACCGAUUUUGUCCGCAGCCAACUACAACACUAUGGAGUGCCUUUCGAGGAAGACCAUCUAACAGGCAACAGAACGCAGCUGAUGAAGAAAGUCCUCCAAGAAGGCAAGUGCGACAAAGUGCCCGUACACAUCCUGACCUUAGAGGAGCAGCUACAUCAGGAAUGGAUUGCUGCAAGUGAUAUCGAGGUGCUGUCUUCCAACCCUGAGUGGGUAAUAAAGAAGUUCUUCAUAAGAGCUGGGGGGCCGGAUUUAUACCAGACGAGGACAAGCACUGUCGUCGAGGUUUCCUUUCCUCGAUAUAGCGAGUAUCGUCCAGGGCGCUUGCGUGAAGCUGCUGAUCAGGUGGCGGGCUUGCAUCAUGAUACUGGUGUGGGGCCGGAGACACAGACAAUAUUCUUGGGAUGGGAUAAGUCUGCUGUUCGGGAAGCAGCAAAGGAACAUGCGAAUAAGGAAAGGACUGAGAUUCAGGCUCGGGAACAGAGGAGAGAAAACGAACGCGCGAAAAUGCAUGCCGACUACCUUGCGACUCUCGGACGGAUGAAGGGCGCUGCGGCAAGGAAUAAAUGGCCGGUAGGAAGUUAUAUCGUUGACUGUCACGAGAUCGAGAAUGGAUGGCCAAGUCUAGCAAGGGACAUGGUACUUGAAAUUGUGAACACGGAACAAAAGGGGAAGUUUCACGCUACAUUCAAUUUUGGUGUAGUGAUAGGCGUUAUGGUCAUAUAUGAGGAGCAUAUGACUGAGACCGACGAAGAGCAGAUUGGCGACGAUCAUGAAAAGAUUGGAAAAAGAACUAAGAGAAAGACAAUCGCCCAGAAACAUAGCAGGCCGUUGAAGAAAGCAAAAGCAGAGAAGACGAGCGAACCCUACACGUACCGGUUAAAGCUCAGAUGCCGUGAAACUGGAGAAGGUCAGAUCUUCUUCAAACCAGAGUACGGCACUAUCAAGUUUAGGGAUGAAAAAUUCGCCGCCUUCACUGCAGAGGCUGUGUUUCCCUGUGUUGGCUCUGGGAUAACUUUUACUGCACGGAAGGUGUCUGAUGAUCCAUGUCCAAGUGGUGAGAAAUGGGAGGACUAUUCAGAGGAAGCAUAUGAAUAUGCACGAGUUAGUAGAUGGCAGUGA